AUGUCUUCGAAUGUCCUUAUUGUCGUUGGCUCUGAUCCUGGGAUUGGAGCUACGACAGGCUCUAUCUUUGCAAAACAGAAAUUCAAAAAGGUGCGGUUUAUUCAGGAAAGAGCUGGAGAAAAUGUGGAAGUACGAACAUACAGCGUGGACAUCACGCACACCGACGAUUUUCUUCGAGUGUUAAGAGAUUCGGAAUCUCUUGGGCAGAUGGAGUGUCUUUUUUACAAUCCUGCAAGAGUCGUGCCGAGUGAGCUUCUCAAAUUCCCUAGUGAAGAGGUUCUGUACGAUUUCAAGGCGAUACCACUGCUUCAACGUCUACCCAAGCAAGAGCCUGCAUCCAAGCCAUCCAUUUUGGUGCCGAACAGUGACUUAUACAAGGAUCCAGUCCCGCCUCUCUUGGCCCUGUCGCUCACCAAGACGGCUCAAAGAAGCCUUGUCUUAUCACUAUCCAAAACCUAUGGGAAGGAUGUUCAUAUCGCGCUGGUCUCGGCCAACGGGCCUGUGAAUUUGACGAAUAAGAAGUUGAAUCCAAGCUACAUCGCGGCUCAAGCUUGGGAGCUGUACAACCAGGAGAAGGGACACUGGACAAACGAAAUUGAGAUUGUGGAAGAUUAAGUCCGGUUUCUCAGUCGUUCGAAGUUUGGAAAAUGUCCUACACAUCGAAGAUAGGAUUCACAGGUGCACUCC